CAACGAAUUGUCGCCCCCGACGGGACCUACUAUGGUGAUAUGGGUAAGUUAAACCCAUGGGCCAGGUCGUUGACCACACAGUGCUCACGAAGCGUUAGCUGUGGUGGUCUGUGUGAGAUACCUGACAGGGAGGUAAAACUUUUGCUCGCAACCGCAGUAAAGCCACAGCAACGGGGAACACUUUGUUCAGCACUCAUCGUCAUGGCAAAACAACCCCAAAAAAGGAUGCGGAUGUUGGAUUCACGAUGAACAUGAAACUCCGAUCUUACACUGCGCGAUACAUAUGAUGCCUUUACCGCUACGCCUUACGCAGCAGGCAAGCAGAACGGGCAGCAACUCACACUAGCGUACUGCCAAGUGCCGGCAGUGCAUAGGA